UGAAGUCUCCAAGUCUUAAAGCUGCCAAGUUGGAAGACCUCUGAUCCAGAAGAAGAAGUGGAGAAUUCUGGGAGUUGAAGUCCCCAAGUCUUAAAGCUGCCAAGUUGGAAGACCUCUGAUCCAGAAGAAGAAGUGGAGAAUUCUGGGAGUUGAAGUCUCCAAGUCUUAAAGCUGCCAGGUUGGAAGACCUCUGAUCAAGAAGAAGAAGUGGAGAAUUCUGGGAGUUGAAGUCUCCAAGUCUUAAAGCUGCCAGGUUGGAAGACCUCUGAUCCAGAAGAAGAAGUGGAGAAUUCUGGGAGUUGAAGUCUCCAAGUCUUAAAGCUGCCAGGUUGGAAGACCUCUGAUCAAGAAGAAGAAGUGGAGAAUUCUGGGAGUUGAAGUCUCCAAGUCUUAAAGCUGCCAAGUUGGAAGACCUCUGAUCCAGAAGAAGAAGUGGAGAAUUCUGGGAGUUGAAGUCCCCAAGUUUUAAAGCUGCCAAGUUUGAAGACCUCUGGUCUAGGCGAAGGACGUGCCUGACUCAGAAGAGGGCAGCUUUGCACGUUCCUGAAUUCCCAAAGGUGAUGAUCAUUCUUCCCCCGGAAAAAGGCUGCUAGUUCAACCCUUGACUUGACGCUGGUGACUCAACCAGCCCAAAACAGCCUUGACGACCGUUGGGUGGAGAAGUCACAUUUCUCUGACCCACGUCUGAACGGCAAGUUCUCCAGCCUGGCUGGUAUCGUACAUGGGCAACAAUCUCCUGCAACCCUCCGCGUGGUGAAGGCUCCAGCUUUUCUGAAGGCCAACGUACGGAUGGCAAAAACACCUUGCAAAGAAUUCACCCUUCACUCGGGAUACGAAGCACUCCUGCAGCGUUUGCUGGAUGGAAGGAAAAUGUGCAAAGACGUGGAAGAUUUGAUCAAGCAAAGGGCCCAGGCUGAAGAACGUUACGGGAAGGAGCUGAUUCAGAUCGCCCGGAAAGCGGGAGGCCAAAGCGAAAUCAACACUUUAAAGGCUUCAUUUGAAAUCCUAAAGCUACAAAUUGAAAGCGUGGGCAACUCUCACAUCCAGCUGGCUCUCAUGUUGAAAGAGGAACUAAAAGCCUUAGAAGAAUUCCGAGAAAGGCAGAAGGAACAACGGAAAAAGUAUGAGAGUACGAUGGAACGGAUACACAAGAACAAACUCUUAAUGUUCAAGAAAACCAUGGAGUCCAAGAAGGCCUACGACCAGAAAUGUAAAGAUGCUGACGAGGCGGAACAGGCUUUUGAGAGGAUAAAUGCUAUUGGAAACCAGAAACAAACAGAGAAGAGCCAAACCAAAGCAAAACAGUCCAGAGAUUCUGCCAAUGAAGCAGAAAGAGUGUAUAAACAGAACAUCGAGAUACUAGAUCAGACAAGGACCAUGUGGGAACAAGAACACAUUAGUACUUGCGAGGCUUUCCAGCUUCAAGAAUGUGACCGGAUCACUAUCCUACGGAAUUCCCUCUGGGUUCAUUGCAAUCAACUCUCUAUGCAGUGCGUGAAAGACGAUGAGCUUUAUGAAGAGGUUCGGGUAAGCCUGGAAAACUGUAACGUGGAGUCCGAUAUGAACGCCUUCGUUCAGAAUAAGAUGACGGGAACAGAAGGACCAGCUGCCAUUGGCUACGAGAAUUAUUACGAGAGAACCGGACCUGCGAAAAACUCCAACAGCCCAACAACCCAGAGUUGCGGAAUGAUGAAAAGGUUUUCCGACUUGCUACAUGGCAGCACACGGAAUGCUCCGGAUAACAUUAUUUCCACAAUACCCCCAACUGCUGAGCAAAGGGCGGACGGUGUCUAUGCAGCAAUUCGUGUGGCCGAGGUCAACGCUGCCAUGGACCAUGAUUACAGGGCUCUCUAUGACUACACAGCCCAGAACGAGGAUGAGUUGGACAUCCGAGCAGGCGAUGUGGUCAACAUCAUUGAAGCUGGUGAAGACGGCUGGUGGACUGUAGAACUGGACGGGCAGCAAGGAUUUGUGCCCGGCUCCUAUCUGGAGAGACUUUGAUGGGAGGAACACUUCUGAGCGCUGCAUUUUUACCAGCUAGAAAUCUCUUUUUUAAAAAAUCAGAUUUUACUCUUUGCAGAUGGCAAAGAGCUACAAUUAUACUCUUUAACAUAAAUGCCACCGGUUUUUUGUUUUUUUUUGAAAGACACUUAUCAAAGAAAAGACAUCCAAACUCACGCUGAUUUUCUCACCCUAGAAAUGUAUGAUUCCCAAAGGUUCAGUUUUGCCUUGCUUAAAUCCAGGUACCCCUCCGAUCCCAUCAAUGUUUUGGUAGAACACCUCGAUCGGUUUUCCACACGGCAAAUUCUGCAAAAACCGUCUUUGCCAUUCUCCACGCUGACGUUGGCGGAGACAGAAACACAGUGGACUUUAUAAUAAGCCAUUGAUUAAAGUGCAUUUUUGAAAUGGUUAGAUCUCAAUUCCAGAAACGAUGAUUUCAUUUCUUUCUCGCUCUGGGUGAAACCACAAACAUCCUUUCCCUAGCGCUGCAAUUUUUGAUUCAGGGUGGAGCAGAGGGUGGGUGGAUCUGUCCGAAAUGCUACCAUCUCAGCUUCUCUCAGCUGUUCACUAACAAUGCACUUGCAAUUGUUCUUGUAGUGCAAACAAGACACCAACAUCUAAAGUUUUAGCAGCUGAGAAUCUGACCUCAAAUGGAGAAAAGGAAGUUCAAAAAAAAAAACCAAAACCAAACCACAGGCUCUCUCCAGAGUGUCCUUUCAUUGCAUUAAAUAUUGUCAGCCUUUUAUGAUGUUUCAGUUUGAACACAGUGGUGGGCAGAAAUGACGGCAGGAGUUAAUAUUCAGUAUUAUACCUAUUAUUUACCCGCUGCAACUUAUAACUGCAGUGGCCAUCUAUCACUCCAAAAUCAUCCAGUUCCUAAUUGUCUACAUUGGUGUGUGUGUGUGUGUGUCUAAAGUUGGCAACUUUUAAAACUUGUGGACUCCAACUCCUAGAAUUCCCCAGCCAGCCAAGAUUGGAUACCCCUUGCCUAAUGACGGCAGUUCCCAAAGUGCUGGUUUUCACGGAAACUGUCAUGGGACCUGGGCAUGGUGCAAAUAGUUGUAAAUGACCCCUGCUCCCCCCACCCAAUUUGAUCAUGUGAUUGUGGAGGGGGCCCAACUGUCACAACUUUAAAUUCUAGUGAUAAGUACCCUGUUUCCCUGAAAAUAAGACCCAACCGGAAAAGAAGCCCUAGCAUGAUUUUUCCAGGAUGCUCGUAAUAUAAGCCCUACCCACAAAAUAAGCCCCCGUUAAGACUGUCAGCCAGAUGGGUGCAUUGAGUACUGUAUUUCCCCCCAAAUAAGAGCUAACCAGAAAAUAAGCCCUACUGUGUCUUUUGGAGCAAAAAUUAAUAUAAGACCCGGUCUUAUUUUCAGGGAAACACAGUACCUGCUUUCAGGUCAGUUCUAACUUUAAAUGGUCAUUAUGCAGCCCGUCUUAAUCAAGGACUAUCUGUAUGAGUGCCAUGCAGGAAAUAGCAGAGACCACCAGUCUCGUCUUCUUUCUUGAGCAAAUGCUAUUUGGCUUCCCUUGCAAUUUCCCCUCUAGUAACUGAGCUUAACAAUGACAUUUCUUGCUUUCUAAAUACCACAAAGAGUUGAUUAGGCAACCAGCUCACAUCGAUCCCAUCUGUACCACUCGAUUCCUUUGCGCCGAGAGAGAUGCUAGCAAGAGAUCCUUUACCGCCAGAAACCAGUAAGUGGGAUGGCUUGUGCGGGGUGGUGGUGGUUGUAACUGACUUGAUGGAUGGUGGGAGGAGUGGAGGCUGCCUGAAAAGGAGACCUUUACUUUGGGGAAUCUGUCUGGAGCAGCUGCAUUCAACCAAGGAAGGAUUGUGCUGAAGGGGGGGCCGGCGGACCUCUAGGCUGGACCUCGUGGGAAAGCUGCAACCUUAACAACCCCCCCCCCUUUUCCGUUAGUGGCUUUGUCUGGUCAUGUGGGCUCAGAGGUGUGGGAAUAAAACUGGUGCCUUUCAAGAGAAAAGAGCCGACACUUCACAUCUCAUUGUCAAAUGCGAGAGGGAUUUGCAAAAUCCUAGCGCUCAGCUAAGUCGGGGAAACCCAAGGAGGAUGUUUUUGAUGCGUAAAAUACCUCCUUCGCUCUCUUUCUUACAAACUGCAGAUUUCUCACUGCAGCGUGUUGCUUUUUGCAGCAAAUGUCCUUGACUUUGUGAUGCAAAACCCAAGGGGAGAACACUACCUACGCAAAACCUUUUAAAAUUCUGCAACUCCAGCUCGAUCAAGGUCCUAGCCAGCUGCUUAUCUUUUGACAAGGACACCAACCAGGGCCGUCUUCUCGCAUUUCUAUGGAGUUAAAAAAAAAAAAAGUAUGCGAGUGAGGAAACAGCCACCGAAGGGACGUUAAACGUGACAACACCUACGCCCAGCGGGGAAAAGUCUUCCUGGGCGUCAGGAGGAUUUGGA